CUUUAGAAACCCUGUACAGAAAAGAAAUCAGGGAGAAACAGAUAGAGAUGGGGGAACAGGUCGGGCUUGCGAGAUUUGGAGGAUCGUUGAAGGUGGAGAGCGUGCAGGCUCUCGCUGCAAAGUUAAGCUCAGACAUUCCGAAUAGAUACAUAAGGCCGGAGAGGGCGGAAGAUAUAGUCGCCGGCGACGGCGAAGAAGACUCCGGCGAAAGGAUUCCGGUCAUCGAUUUUGGCAAGUUAUUCGAUCCCGAUUCUUCUGUGGAGGAGGCUGCAAAGCUCCAUUCGGCCUGUGAAGACUGGGGCUUCUUCCAGCUAGUAAAUCACGGAAUACCUGAAGAUGUAAUAAAUAAAGUAAAACAAGUUGUGGAAGAUUUCUUCAAGCUUCCAUUAGAAGAGAAGGAGAAAGUUGCUCAAUUGCCAGGCCAAACAGAGGGCUAUGGACAAGCUUUCAUUCACUCAAAGGAACAAAAGCUAGACUGGGGAGACAGACUUGCCUAUGCAACAUUUCCUCCAAAUUUGAAACAAUUGCGGCUUUGGCCCACUAAUCCACCUUCAUUCAGGGAGACAUUUGAUGCUUAUGCAAUUGAGAUAAAGAGACUAUCCGAUGAACUCCUAAAAAUGAUAUCUAAGAAUCUGGGACUUGGACUCAAGGAGUUGUAUGAUAUGUUUAAGGGAGGGAUUCAGAUUGUUAAAUGCAAUUAUUACCCUCCAUGCCCAAAUCCUGACAAGGUCUUGGGAUUCUCUCCUCACUCUGAUGCUACAGGAUUGACAGUAUUGUUACAAAUGAAUGAGCUGCAGGGGCUACAGAUUAACAGAAAAGGUAAAUGGCUCCCAGUUAAAGCUUUGCCAGGAGCUUUUGUCAUCAAUGUUGGAGACAUUAUUGAGAUAUUAAGCAAUGGAAAAUAUAAGAGCAUUGAGCACAGAGUUGUGGUGAAUAAUAAGAAGGCGAGGCUAUCUAUUGCUGGAUUUCAUACACUGAACGUAGGUGAUGUGGUGGGACCAAUUCCGGAAAUUGUGAAAGGAGAUAAGCUGAUUUAUAAGAGCGUGCAAUUUGAAGAGUAUUUCAAGAUGGUGUACGCCAGCAAAGUGGAAGGGAAGAGCUUAUUGGAUCGCAUGAAAUUGGAUGCAUGAAUUAGAUUUUCAGCUUACAGAACUAUGUGUUUUAAAUAAGAGGGGUGGGUUGUUUAUUGUGUUAUAAAUGCUGAUAAAUCUAUGCAAAAUAUGCAAUAAGUCGUGCUCCUAAGUCAAUUUUCAUAUCAAUGGGGUCAUAUUAGUAUUGUAAUAAAAUCUAA